AGGAGCCAAAUCUAGCAAAUUUGUAUUUGGUUCCUUCGUAACCGCUUUGUGCGUUUUGAGAAGAAUGGUGGUUGCCAGUGCAGUGGCAGCGUUAGCAGUAGCAGCAACAGCAAGGUCUUCGCCGGUUACGUUGUUAAGUGGACAAAGGGCUUUCAAAUUGAAACCUCUCUGUUAUUCAUCUGCACCUUCAGCUUCUAGAAAGCUCGUCCUUUAUUCAAAACCCGGUUGCUGUUUGUGCGAUGGCCUCAAAGAGAAGCUUCAAGCUGCAUUCUUGCUCUCUGGUCCUGAUUCCCUUCACGACGUUGAUUUCCAUAUAAGAGAUAUAACCAGCAAUCCCGAGUGGGAAAGAGCUUACCAAUAUGAGAUACCUGUGUUGGCUAAAGUGCUAUCUGAUGGUACCGAGGAAACUUUACCACGAUUCUCUCCACGUCUAGGAGUGGAGCUCCUCCAGAAGAAGAUAGCUGCUGCUCUGAGAGAACAAUAAAAGGAGUUUCAGCGCAGGACCCUUGAGGCAUAAGAAAUGUUUGUUUUAUAAUUUAACAAAUUUUCUUAAUUAUAUUUGUAGAGUUACAUUAUUAUUUUUUAAAUAUUUUGUGAAGUAUUGUGUAUUGAAUAAAUACAUUACAUAAAACUCCUCAUAUGUGAGAAUUACGCAAACUUACACAUACACGCGUUAAAUGUAAAGUAAAAUAAACCAGAAUGUAAAAGGUUAUUGUAUUUA